AUGGCUCUUUUGCUUGUGGCUUUGACGCUGGUCGAAGUUGCGGCUGGGGGCUUCGUUCAGGUGCCCGGCGAAACCACUGAAAGCUUGCAUGGGAGAUGGCCUGGGCAGAGUGGUGCAUGCCGCAGAUGGAGUUUGGGUGACGAAGGCUACCAGUUGCGUCGACUGACCACGCGAAGGGCAAAGUUCUUCCACAGAGCACGCGACGACUUGCUAACACAGGCAUCUUCAUGGUUUCCUCUUGCCGCCUGCCCAGCUACGGGCUGGUCAAUUCGGCUGCUGAACGUUUCAGCCAUUGCAGACACAGAGGGUACCCGGAAAGCUGGCGAGCAACAGCUGGCAGCCUUGGCGAGGGAGAUCUUGACCUCCAGUGCACUUCUGGACACCUUGUCUUCGCAUCUUGGUCUAUUCGGGUUGUUCGCCUUUGCCGGCCGUCGAAAGGCACAGAAACGGAGGGCAACCGCACCAAGCGAUUUGUCCCCGGUGAUUUGGGAUGACUUCACUGAGCUCAGUCAUUGGUCGCCACUGCAAUCGGCCCUCUGGAAAGCCAUCCGAACACGAAGACCCUUGCCUUUGUCAGCCUCCCUGGUGCAGCUCGCAAAUGUCGGUCGGGAUCACAACAGUCAACUUCAGCGUGCAGUGAGCCUUUUGGUGUCGUCGCAGGAGAUCCGCCUUCGCUCCGGUGAGAUCCUUUCUUCAAGUGAAAUCUACGCAGAGGUUUCGGAAUUGGUACAGCUCGCCACACAUCUCUUGUCUGCUUGGUCAUCCAGUGUGAUGCUGCACGAAAUGGUCAAGGGUUUACGUGAUUGGCCUGUCAUCCAGCUGUUGGCAGACUUGGAAGUACCGGAUCUAGCUGAACUUCAAGCAAUGGGUCGCCAGCUGCACUCCAACCAACUCGUGCGCUUUCUGCCAUCACCACAGGUCGUGCCAAGUGUGGUGCUCCCAUACAGGGAGCCGCUCAGCGAUCACGACCGAGAAAUUGGCCGCUUCCAUUGUACCACGGACUUUUUUGCGGAAGUGGAGUUCUGGCUGCAACAGGAAGGCCGGAAGCCUUCAGCACGAAUGAGAGUUGUGGAGGUGGCCUGCUGGCUGCCUGACUGCCUGCUUUGGGCUGGUCAUCGCCUGAGUGGGCGCCUCACCGCAGCCUGCCUCGAGGCAGAUGACUUGGCGGUCACGGCUGGAAGGCGCUCCAUCAAGUUGAACGGCUUCGAGGGGCAGGUGCAAGUCCUACAGCGGCGCAUCACUACCUCACCCCAGUCGGUGGAGUGGCACUGCAGAGACCAUAACGACAUGCAGACCGAUGACAACAUAGAGAACAACGUGCAUCUUUCCAACGACCGCAGAUGUUGGUUCAGAGAGGCUCAGGGUGUGAAUGCCAAGAAUGAUCCUCUCGCCCGAUCUGUCGAUGAAGAAGUAAGCCGUCUUGGCUUCCGUGAAAUCGACAUUCUGAAGUUGUCCUUCUCUUCGGUGGACUUGUUGCGGAGCGCUGCCAGCACACUGGCAUUCACCAGACGCGUCCUUCUUGCAACAGAUCCUCGAGACACAAUGGCGCAAGUGAAACUGCUGAAGCUCGCUGGCUUUGAGGAAAUCAACAUACCACCUCCAGACGACUGGAGUGCGGAACCCUCACCCUAUACCAACUACGUCAUCGCGCGUCGGAGUGGGUGA